UUAUUAUUAUUUUUCAUGUUCCUCAAUAGAGUUGGCGUUCAAGCAGCAAAGGCUGCUGGAAUGAAGGUGGUGGCCAUUCCUUCUCUCCCUAAAGCAGCCAAUCAAUAUUCCAGUGCUGAUUGUCUGCUUCAUUCACUUCUAGAUUUUCAGCCAGAGAUAUGGGGUCUUCCGCCAUUUGAAGACUGUGUUGAUGAUAGCGCAUUUCCAAUUGAAUCCAUCUACUUGAAGGGACUGUUUAGCAAUGGCCUUUUGUAUCAAUCAGAAGAUAGCAAGCCAUCUGCUCUUCCAGAUCAAGUUUCUGGACUAUUCUUUGGAUGGGUCAAGACGAAUAAUGGUGAAAUCUUCAAGGCGGUAACCAACUUUAGAUGGAACCAUGGUUGCUGUGGUUCCAAGAGAAAAAUUCAUGUAUGCAUUGUUGAUGAAAUAGAUGCCAAAGUUUGCGAUCAGCAGGUUCAACUGAUGAUGGUUGGGUAUAUUCGAGGAUUUAGUGUCCAGGAAGAUCUAACCGCACAAGUUGAAGUACCUGAAGAAAGGAAAUCCGCUGCUCGUGUGUAUCUCGAUUUGCCUAUGUUCUCCACUCGACGAGAUGACCCCUUAUUUCUACAAGCUUCUUGGGAGGAUCUAUAUGUCUGAUUGGACUGUAGUUGGCUGCAGUACCUUCAGAUUUGCAUCAUAUAACAUUUGAAAACAUAUUUUCUAUCAGGAUUUCUGAUUAGAUUCAGAUGGGAUCAUAUUUGAAAACUGAAUUUUUUAUACUUGCAAAUUAAAAACAUUGUCCACACGUUCUUGUACAAAAGGAGUGUUUCUCCUUAUCUUCUUACAUAAAUAAUUGCCCUAUCUAAUAACUUGUGAUGUUGAAGAAGUGUAUCCUUUUUCCAGGAGUGCUUUUGAGGUAACUCAGAAUUACAUAUGUUUUCAUGAA